UAGAAUCAUGUUCAUGGAUCAGUCACGAAUUGACUCGUUGUGUGAAUGAUAAGGGAAAUUUAUCAAGUUUAAAAUUAGGUUUUUCUAAUAUAAUAACAAAAAUCAAACAUAUGUGUUUAAGUGCGUUAAUUUAAGCCCUAUUUAUUUUUCAAUCAAUCGUGUAUAAAAAUAUCAUCGUAGAACAGACUGCGACAUAUUUAGAGGUCACUUACUGUGUUGUGAUUGCGAUAAGUUGGGAACUUGUGGAAUCGAUGUUUUUGUGACGUAAUAAUAUUAAAAAGGUGCGCUCUGUUGGUCUACAAUGGCAGAAACAAGUGAAGCAAAACCCAGUCCUUCGGCUCCGGGAGGUGAUGCUGGCGGAGAGGAAGAGAAACGCGAUGAACGAAUGUUAGAAUGUAACAUCUGUCUUGACACGGCUAGAGAUGCUGUAGUUAGUAUGUGCGGACAUCUCUUCUGUUGGCCAUGUCUGCAUCAGUGGCUAGAAACUAGACCAAGCCGACAAGUAUGUCCCGUCUGCAAAGCAGCUAUCAGCCGAGAUAAAGUCAUACCACUGUAUGGACGAGGUAAUACCAAGCAAGAGGAUCCAAGAAAUAAGGUCCCUCCCCGUCCAGCAGGGCAAAGGACAGAACCUGAGAAUAAUAGUGGAUUCCCAGGCUUUAGCUUUGGGGAAGGAUUUCACAUGUCCUUUGGAAUUGGAGCCUUCCCGUUUGGGGUAUUUACAUCAACAUUCAAUUUUGGAGACCCAAGGCCUAGUCCUGCACCUCGGGGCACUGCGCAAUAUGAAGAGGAGCAGUUUCUAUCGAAGAUAUUCUUAUGGGUGGCGAUCCUUUUUGUUCUGUGGCUGAUUUUCGCAUGACCCGAGGGGGCGUGCAGGGAAGUGAAGGCCGGGGGCUACGCCAGCCUCCCCAUGGUGCUACACGACUGACUCCUUUACUCAUUCAUGAAAAGUUCAAUUUAUCUACGACAAACCAUCCGGAAGUAUAUUAUUACGGUGCACGCUUAUUUAUUCUACCUGCUGGUAGAAAUAUAACAUCUAGAAAUCAAUGAAAGCCAUCUAUCUACCUUUGGGCUAAGUUUGUUCGACAUACACAGUUCUUUGUACCAACUUUUGGAGCUAUUUGGUUUCACCAUAAUAUUUAAGACUUCAUUUAUUCCCUUCUCCAUCAAUUGGA